GCCCCAACUCUGCCCGCCGCGCCCCGGCGCCUCGCCGCCCGCCCGCCCGCCCGCCCGGCGCCCCGGCCGGCGAGGGGCGCGCCCGCUGCAUGGCGCUGGGAUGGCGGGGGCGCCGCGCGGCCGAGGCGGCGGCGGAGGCGGAGGCGGCGCGGGCGAGUCUGGGGGCGCCGAGCGGGCGGCGGGGCCGGGCGGCCGACGCGGGCUGCGGGCGUGCGACGAGGAGUUCGCGUGCCCCGAGCUGGAGGCGCUGUUCCGCGGCUACACGCUGCGGCUGGAGCAGGCGGCCACGCUGAAGGCGCUGGCCGUGCUCAGCCUACUGGCGGGCGCGCUGGCCCUGGCCGAGCUGCUGGGCGCGCCGGGGCCCGCGCCCGGCCUGGCCAAGGGCUCGCACCCCGUGCACUGCGUGCUUUUCCUGGCGCUGCUCGUGGUCACCAACGUCCGCUCGCUGCAGGUGCCCCAGCUGCAGCAGGUCGGCCAGCUCGCGCUGCUCUUCAGCCUCACCUUCGCGCUGCUCUGCUGUCCCUUCGCGCUCGGCGGCCCCGCCGGGGCCCACGCCGGGGCGGCAGCGGUGCCGGUGGCAGCCGACCAGGGCGUCUGGCAGCUCCUUUUGGUCACCUUCGUGUCCUAUGCCCUGCUGCCCGUGCGCAGCCUGCUGGCCAUCGGCUUCGGGCUCGUGGUGGCCGCCUCGCAUUUGCUGGUCACGGCUACCUUGGUCCCCGCCAAGCGCCCACGUCUCUGGAGGACGCUCGGUGCCAACGCCCUGCUCUUCCUUGGCGUGAACAUGUACGGGGUCUUCGUGAGGAUCCUGGCUGAGCGCUCCCAGAGGAAGGCCUUCCUGCAGGCCCGGAACUGCAUCGAGGACCGGCUGAGGCUGGAGGACGAGAAUGAGAAGCAGGAGCGUCUGCUCAUGAGCCUCCUGCCCCGGAACGUCGCCAUGGAGAUGAAGGAGGACUUCUUGAAGCCCCCCGAGAGGAUUUUCCACAAGAUCUACAUCCAGCGGCAUGACAACGUGAGCAUCCUCUUUGCGGACAUCGUGGGCUUCACGGGCUUGGCGUCCCAGUGCACGGCCCAGGAGCUGGUGAAACUCCUCAACGAGCUCUUCGGCAAGUUUGACGAACUGGCCACGGAGAACCACUGCCGUCGCAUCAAGAUCCUGGGAGACUGCUACUACUGCGUGUCCGGCCUCACUCAGCCCAAGACUGACCACGCCCACUGCUGCGUGGAGAUGGGCCUGGACAUGAUCGACACCAUCACGUCCGUGGCGGAGGCCACUGAGGUGGACCUGAACAUGCGCGUGGGGCUGCACACCGGCAGGGUCCUCUGCGGGGUCCUGGGCCUGCGCAAGUGGCAGUACGACGUGUGGUCCAACGACGUGACCCUGGCGAAUGUCAUGGAAGCCGCCGGCCUGCCUGGGAAGGUUCACAUCACAAAGACCACCCUGGCGUGCCUGAACGGUGACUAUGAGGUAGAGCCGGGCCAUGGACACGAGAGGAACAGUUUUCUGAAAACUCACAACAUCGAGACCUUUUUCAUCGUGCCCUCCCAUCGGCGGAAGAUAUUUCCAGGGCUGAUUCUCUCAGAUAUAAAACCGGCCAAGAGGAUGAAGUUCAAGACCGUGUGCUACCUGCUGGUGCAGCUCAUGCACUGCCGGAAGAUGUUCAAGGCUGAGAUCCCUUUCUCCAAUGUCAUGACCUGCGAGGACGACGACAAGCGGAGGGCAUUGAGAACAGCCUCGGAAAAACUCAGAAACCGCUCAUCUUUCUCUACAAAUGUUGUCUACGCCACCCCCGGGACACGCGUCAACAGGUACAUCGGCCGCCUCCUGGAAGCCCGCCAGAUGGAGCUGGAGAUGGCGGACCUGAACUUCUUCACCCUGAAGUACAAGCAGGCUGAGCGAGAGCGAAAGUAUCACCAGCUUCAGGACGAGUAUUUCACCAGCGCCGUCAUUCUCGCCCUCAUCCUGGCCGCCUUAUUUGGCCUUGUCUACCUUCUAAUAAUCCCGCAGAGCGUGGCCGCCCUCCUCCUGCUGGUGUUCUGCAUCUGCUUCCUAGUGGCCUGUGUCCUGUAUCUGCACAUCACCCGGGUCCAGUGUUUUCCAGGGUGCCUGACAAUCCAGAUCCGCACCGUCCUGUGUAUCUUCAUCGUGGUCUUAAUCUACUCCGUGGUCCAAGGCUGUGUGGUGGGCUGCAUGCCUUGGGCCUGGAGCUCCAGUCCCAACGGGUCCCUGGUGGUCCUGUCGUCUGGGCGCCGGGACCGCGUGCUGCCCGCCCCGCCCUGCGAGUCUGCGCCCCACGCCCUGCUGUGUGGCCUCGUGGGCACCCUCCCGCUGGCUGUAUUUCUGCGGGUCUCCUCCUUGCCAAAAAUGAUCCUGCUCGCCGUGCUUACCACCUCCUACAUCCUCGUCCUGGAGCUCGGCGGGUACACGAAGGCCGUGGGGGGCGACGCCGUCUCGGGCCGCAGCUUUGAGCCCAUCAUGGCCAUUCUCCUGUUCUCGUGCACGCUGGCCCUGCACGCCCGGCAGGUGGACGUCAAGCUGCGGCUGGACUACCUGUGGGCCGCACAGGCAGAGGAGGAGCGGGACGACAUGGAGAGGGUGAAGCUGGACAACAAGAGGAUUCUCUUCAACCUCCUGCCGGCCCACGUCGCCCAGCACUUCCUCAUGUCCAACCCCCGAAACAUGGACCUGUACUACCAGUCGUACUCGCAGGUGGGGGUCAUGUUCGCCUCCAUCCCCAACUUCAACGACUUCUACAUCGAGCUGGAUGGCAAUAACAUGGGGGUGGAGUGUCUGCGCCUCCUGAACGAGAUCAUCGCCGACUUUGACGAGCUCAUGGACAGAGACUUUUACAAGGACCUGGAGAAGAUCAAGACCAUCGGUAGCACGUACAUGGCUGCUGUGGGGCUGGCGCCCACGGCCGGGACCCAGGCUAAGAAGUCCAUCUCCUCCCACCUCAGCACGUUGGCAGAUUUUGCCAUUGAGAUGUUCGACGUCCUGGAUGAGAUCAACUACCAGUCUUACAACGACUUCGUGCUCCGUGUUGGCAUCAACGUUGGCCCCGUGGUGGCUGGAGUGAUCGGGGCUCGCAGGCCGCAGUACGACAUCUGGGGAAAUACGGUCAACGUGGCCAGUCGGAUGGACAGCACCGGCGUCCAGGGCAGAAUCCAGGUCACGGAGGAAGUUCACAGGCUGCUGCGGCGGGGCUGCUACCGCUUCGUGUGCCGAGGCAAAGUCAGCGUCAAGGGCAAGGGCGAGAUGCUGACCUACUUCCUGGAAGGCAGGACCGACGGAAGCGGCUCCCGAAACAGGUCCAUGAACUCAGAGAGGAAAAUGUGUCCUUACGGGAGAGCCGGCCUCCAGACCAGAAUGGCCACGGGCCACCCCCCGGUGCCCCCUGCGGCCGGCCUCCCAGUCAGAGCCGGGCCGGGGGCUCUGCAGGGCUCGGGGCUUGCCCCCUGCCCCCCAGGCCACCACCUGCCCCCUGGAGCAGCUGGGAAGGAGGCUUAGCGGAGCCCACGCGGGCCGCUGGGGGCACAGGGCACAGAUGCUCGGGGCGUUGGUGGCCUCGGGGCUCCCGCAGGGACCAGCCUGGCCAGCGGAGCAGGGCCGGGAACCAGUGGCCGGGCUGGGGAAGGGGGACCAUCCAGGCAUGACCCGAAGCAGCUGGGCAGUGACUCGGGUGAGGGGAGAGCCCAGACUGCGCAGACGCCGAGGCUUUAGCAGUGUCUUUGUUUGCUCCGUCCUCUCCUCGGUGGCCGAGGGAGGCUGGCCGGGUGAGCUUUGGACGUCGGGACCGUCAGGACGUCCACCAGGGCCGCAGGCCACGGCGAGAGCCUUGGAGGUCUAGCUAGCAGCGUGACUGGGGUGCCCAGCUCGUGUGUGCCCUGAGACGGAUUGGCAUCAGCCCAGCUGUGGGUCCUGUGAGGGCAGCUCCAGCCCUGGGCGGUGGCCUGCAGAGCCCAGAGU